GCCCUACGCCUCCUCCCCCUCACCCACACAAACCCUCCGUUAAAGUAAACUCAGCACCGGGAGCGCCGCAACAUUCAACACUUUUUUUACUCGAAACGGGAAACAGAAGACAGAGAAAAAAAGUCAGCAAAACAAAAAAAAACCUUCCGAAAAUCGACCGGCGAAAUAAACAUCCACGACCAGAACAAACAAACUUGUUAAAUAAUCUCAAAACCAUCACUUACAGCUCAUCCGAAUCUGCUGGCAAUGGAUAAGAACAGCAGUACAGUGGAACACUGAGUGUAACAAUGAAGAUACCGAAGAAAGGGGUAUGUCUGUGAAAGUGAGUUUUACUAGCUACCAGAAGAAAGACAGAAAAUAAUGAAGAUGGACCAUACAAGAAUAAAGUGGCAACCUUGCUGGAGUGAAGAGCAGGACUACUUCAAGGAAGUUACAGCCAGCAGUCGUCAUUAUGUUGACCGGCUCUUUGAUCCUGACCCCCAGAAGGUGUUGCAAGGUGUUAUUGACAUGAAGAAUGCUGUAAUUGGAAAUAACAAACAAAAAGCUAAUCUGAUUGUCCUGGGAGCAGUACCAAGACUACUUUACCUACUACAACAAGAGACUUCAACUGUAGAACUUAAAACCGAAUGUGCAGUUGUUUUAGGAAGUCUUGCAAUGGGCACUGAAAAUAAUGUCAAGUCUUUGUUAGACUGCCACAUAAUUCCAGCAUUACUGCAAGGUCUCCUACUUCCCGACCUGAAGUUUAUAGAGGCAUGCCUUCGCUGUCUUCGCACAAUAUUAACAAGUCCUGUGACACCAGUGGAGGUGCUCUAUACAGAUGUUACUGUGGUUCCACAUCUCAUGUCCUUGCUCAGUAGAUCUCGAUAUACACAGGAGUAUAUCUGUCAGAUUUUCUCCCAUUGUUGCAAGACUCCAGAACACCAAACUGUGUUGUUCACCCAUGGUGCAGUUCAGAACAUUGCCCACCUGCUGACUUCGCCAUCAUACAAAGUUCAGAUGCAAGCAUUAAAAUGCUUUUCAGUCUUGGCUUAUGAAAAUCCCCAAGUUUCUAUGACACUAGUAAAUGUAUUGGUAGAUGGUGAGUUAUUACCCCAAGUAUUUGUGAAGAUGAUGCAAAGGGACAAACCUAUUGAAAUGCAACUGACAUCUGCAAAAUGUUUGACUUAUAUGUGCAGGGCUGGUGCAAUCCGGACGGAUGAUAACAGUAUAGUUUUAAAGACACUCCCUUGCUUGGUUAGAAUGUGCAGUAAAGAGAGGCUGCUGGAGGAGAGGGUGGAAGGUGCUGAAACCUUGGCAUACUUGAUAGAACCUGAUGUAGAGUUGCAGAGGAUUGCCAGCAUCACAGAUCAUCUUAUUGCAAUGCUUGCUGAUUACUUCAAAUAUCCAAGUUCAGUCAGUGCAAUCACAGAUAUUAAAAGGCUUGACCACGACCUCAAACAUGCUCAUGAACUUCGCCAAGCUGCGUUCAAGCUGUAUGCCUCCCUUGGAGCGAAUGACGAAGACAUCCGGAAGAAGAUUAUUGAGACUGAAAAUAUGAUGGAUCGAAUAGUGACUGGCUUAGCUGAGUCUAGUAUCAAGGUGCGGUUAGCUGCUGUCAGAUUUGUAUCUUUCCUGAUUUCCAUUCAUAGGUGUUUGCAUAGCCUGUCCAGAUCAGUACAACAACUCCGGACAAGUUUUCAGGAUCAUACAGUGUGGAAACCACUAAUGAAGUUGUUACAAAAUGCUCCGGAUGAGGUUCUUGUGGUAGCGUCAUCAACACUGUGCAAUCUUCUUCUUGAAUUCUCUCCAAGCAAAGAGCCUAUCUUGGAGUCAGGAGCUGUAGAGCUGUUGUGCAACUUGACUCAGAGUGAAAAUCCAGCCCUCCGAGUUAAUGGGAUAUGGGCUUUAAUGAAUAUGGCUUUUCAAGCUGAUCAGAAGAUAAAAACAGAUAUUUUGCGAGGUCUGAGUACAGAACAACUCUUCAGAUUACUCUCUGAUUCAGAUGUGAAUGUACUAAUGAAGACUCUGGGACUCCUUAGGAACCUCCUUUCCACUAGACCUCACAUAGACCAGAUAAUGAAUACACAUGGAAAACAGAUAAUGCAAGCGGUGACCCUCAUCCUCGAAGGGGAGCAUAAUAUUGAAGUUAAAGAACAGACAUUAUGUAUACUGGCUAAUAUAGCAGAUGGGACAACAGCAAAGGACCUCAUCAUGACCAAUGAUGACAUCUUACAAAAAAUUAAAUACUACAUGGGUCACUCAAAUGUAAAACUCCAGCUAGCUGCUACCUUUUGUAUAUCUAAUCUCAUUUGGAGUGAAGAAGAAGGUUCCCAUGAACGCCAAGGUAAACUCAGAGAGUUGGGAAUAGUAGAUAUUUUACAUAAAUUGGUUCAAUCUACUGAUCCCAAUCUUUGUGACAAGGCAAAAACAGCACUGCAGCAAUUUCUGUCCUGAGUAAACAGCCUGCUGGGGUAUCAUCUGAAGCUCUAAAUGGACAGAAGGCAGACAGUUCAAUGGAAAGCUUGCCCAGGACCCCUUUCUUUGCACAAGUCACCUUGGACUGCAGUUUUUGUGUGCAGUGAUUCAUGAAGAAACGUUAGUCGUUCAGGAAGAACAAGCAAACAAUGCAGUGGAGAAAGAGAUUCAGUCUCAGUGUGACGGGUUCCACAACUACUUGGAGAACAAUUGGUUUGUCCCCUUUUGAGUCAGAAAAAAAAUCUACUCUUGCUGCAGCUAUUUUCUGUGAGAUUGGUUACUUCCUGAUUUUUUUUUUGAAGUGUUUUCUACAGAUUUCCUCGGUGGAGUACUGUUUGCUGAAUAAAGGUUGUAGUUGGUGUAAAGAAUUUACUUAUACACAACAUCCUAAAGAGAAUGUAAUAUUUAAACAAAAGUGUGGGGAAAAAUAUAAUUUUGAUUGCAAGCUCUAUGGAGUGUGUAAGAUAUUGUAUGUAUUUGAUGAACUACAGUUAUUUGUGUUUACUUUGGAACUGCAUCUGUUUAUGGGCCCACACAGUUAGUGUUAGAAAUCGAUUAUAUAAUGCAACCUUCCAUAAUUCUCCAAAAGAUAUUCCUGGGAAAGGAGAAUAUGGAUGCAGUGGUUACCGACUUCCACAGAAAAUUCAACUCAGGGACAGGUAAUGAAGGAAUCCCCUCACUCAUCCUCUGACUCUAGUUAGUAGCGCAUGUUCAACAUGUUACAAUUCUGUGGCUGAAGAACAGAAUUAUAACGUGAGCCGGGUCCAAUGGAUUGAGUACAGGUGAUCUUGUCCAAUAAACAGUAGGCCUGAUUUCACAGCCUCUGCCUGUAUACUUACUUGCACAGUCAUAGAAUAUUUGGUACUUGGGAGAUGAUAAAGCAUAAAGCUGUUGUGUAGUUAAUAAUGUCGAUCAGUUUAAGGAAACUCCAGCCAUACUAAGGCAUUCCUGAGGUAAUGAAUCUGAUAUCUAGAGUAAGACGGAUUAUAUUGAUACACUAACCCUUGAGCUGCACGUAUGAUAUUGCUGAUAUUGUAGUUGUAGAAAGAUCAUACAUCUUCCAUACAAAUUGCUGCGUAAAUGACUCGUAUAGCCACAUGUACCAAACCUGGCUUUUGCACACUGUUUAGUGUGCCAUGGCUGGAGUUAACAAUGCCACUGUUGGUAAUGUAAACGUUUUACCUUGCACUGUUUCCCCUUGGCUUUAUGAAUGCAAAAGAACAGUAGCUAGUAUUUGCAUCCAUUGGAAUGCUCUCAUCUCCAAUUAAAAAUAUAAGCUGCAGUACACAUUUCAGAUGAACAUUACAUUUAAACAUACAUUAUCUGAAUUUGAUACUCAAAUAAAAUCUGUGUAGGCCAAUUGAAAAGAAUGCAGUUCUUUUUAUUUUUGUAGCAUUUUUAUUUUAAUUGGAAUUACUGAGUUCGCACAGAUUGCUGUCGUGUGAUAGCUCCAGUUUAUUCUGUUGCUUUUGCUUUUGACUCUUACGACUUUCUUCAAAUGUUUGCUCAUGAAUUUUUAGCAGCUGUCUCAGUUUAUGCUGUUGCAGAAGGUUUUUGGUAUUUGUAUACAACUGGGGUUAACACAGCAAUAUGAAAAGGGGUUUCCAUUCUGGUUUUUGACAAAAAAAAGAAAGUUUUUUUUGUAGAGAUUUGCAAUGAAAUUGCCAGUUUUUAUAUUUGUGUUGUCUUGGUUGCUGCAUGUUUCAGGGCCUGGCUGCAGGAAACCAUUAUCAUUAUCUUGGCAGGUACUUUUUUGUAGCAGAAUGGACUGUACAGAAAUAUGGAUGGAGAAAUGUAAACAAAGUAAUCAAAGGUUGAAAUAGUUUAAGUAUGAAGGGUUUGAACAUGAAACGAUUUUUUUAAAAGAAAAAAAUCUGAAGAACACUUUGUCCACAAACAGUUGUGACCACUACAUUUUAAGUACACUCCUCCCAAUGGAUUAUUUUGAUUACAUUGCAGUUUAAACUGAUCUCGCUCAGUCUUUGUACAUACCUGCAGCCGAUUUGAAUAGGUUUCUGCUUUUAUACACAGGUAUUUUAGCAGCAUUGUCUGUGUAAUAUAUUGCGAAGAGACUAUCACAUUUUUCUGAUGUAAUUUUAAGCUCUGCUGACAGAAGUCAAUUAAAUAAAGUGUGGCUUCUUAGGCUGUUUUAUAUAACACUGGUUAUGAAAUUUUAGUUAUGUCCUAUAAUUAACAAGGGUCUAUUGUGAAAACCGUAUAAUGUACUCACAUUUCUUCGUGUCUG